AGGCUGGGCUUGCUGCUGUACCUGUAAAAGCAAAGAGAUACGUUACGUGCACAUUGCAAGGCUGCAGCUCGAAACCGUAUAUGAGGCGUGACAAUCACUGCUAGCAGCCAUGCGCGCCGUGCAAGCAGCGCUCGCGCUGCUCCUCGCCGCCGCCGGGGCGAAGAACCACGGCGACGAGCUCGCGUUGUUUGUCAGACAGUACGCCGAGAAGACAUUAACAAAAACGGCGGUCGACGUCCACCGAUUGGCAGCCGCGGCCGACGCGCACCGGAAGCGGAUAAGAGACCACUACGGCUUCGACGACGACGUGGGUAAGAAAAUAGACGAGUUCAUGACCUAUGGCCGGGGCACGAAAACUCUCGAAAGAAAGCUGCUCGGAGGGAUCAAACGAGGCGAAGUGCGGAUCGCGCAGCUCGGCAUCUCAACCACCGCAGGCCACGACGUCUACCACAACGAGAGCUUCCCGCACGUCUUUGCGAGGCACUUCGGGGCUGUAUUGAGGACGGAGGGCAUCAACUUGCAAUUCCGGAACCACGCGGUCGGCGGCUUCGGCAGCAUGCCUUCACACACGUGCGUGAUUACGAUGGCCGGCGCCGACAACGACGUCGUGGCCUGGGACUACCAGAUGAUGGCCGACCGCGGGUCGUGCGCCGUCGAGCACUUCGUGCGUCAUUUACAGACGGACGGGAGUGCGCCGGCGGUCCUCUUCUGGCAAGGGGGCGUGUUCCUGCCGAAGGACGACGACCACAAAAAGCGUGUUCCGGCGGGGAGCAACGCGAAGCAGAGUUGCGGCGGGAAGUGGGUCGUCGAUUCUUAUUCCGGUGUCGGCGCGCAUUCCGGGGACUUUGGGGGGUUGUUGGUGCAUUUGAGGAGGAGCGGUUUCGAGGCAUUGAAGAAGGGUUCCGAGAAGCUCUUCCACGAGGGCAAGGGCGACCCGCCCCGGCCGGAUAUGAGCGAGCCGGCGUUGCCCCGGCGGCGAUUAGCGAGGCACCACCCGGCGGCGGGCCUCCACCGGCUCUGGGGGCUGUGCUGGGCGCACGCCUAUCUCGGCGUUUUAAGCAGAGCCCUGCGGAGGGAGGCGCUCAUCGAGGAAUCGGUUCCACCUUUACCGAAGCGCAUGGGCUGCGAGGCCGCGCUCUGCGACCGGUCCCCGACGUGCCUCACGAGCAUGCGGCCGCGCGUCGGCCACGCCCUCGAGGACGCGGUCGUCGACGCGUCGGGCUGGGGCCCGCGCGAGGACGCGCGCUGGGCGGCGCACCCCAUGGGUUAUGUGGACCGCAAGGUGCUGUUCUCUUCGUCGGCUACGAGCGGCGAGGCGACGUUUGCCAUCGACGUGAAGACUUCCAGUAGACCCCUCGUGGCCUGCGAGGCGCCGUGCCCCUGGGGUCGGUGCCCGGCCGGGCGCCUGCCGCUCAAGGGCAACGUGCGCUGGACGCUCGACGGCGCGGCCGUGGCGCUCCCGGCGAAGCCGCCCGCGGCCCUCAAGAUCUACGACGUCAAGGACACGUGCCACGUCGUCAUCGAAGCGCUGGCCGCCGGCCGCCACGUCGUCGGCCUCACGUUCGCGCCGCCGCCGGGCGCCGCCAAGAAGGCCGCGCGCGGGCGCAAGACGGGCGCGCCCUACGCGGGCCUCACGCACCUGAUCUUCUACUAGGAUGUCUGUUGUUCGCUAGCCUCUCGUUAAACCACCGGGC